AUGGGUGGUCUUUUUACUAAGAGUAAAAAGCCAGUAAGUAGAGUAACUGAACAAGAUAAGGCUGUGCUGCAACUAAAACAACAAAGGGAUAAGUUAAAACAGUAUCAAAAGAAGACAGAGCUAAACCUUGAAAGGCAACGACAAUUAGCAAAAAAACUUUUAGCUGAAGAUAAACGAGAUAAGGCUAAAUUACUAUUGAAAAAGAAGAGAUACUUUGAAAAUCUUUUACAAAAUGCAGACAUUCAAUUAGAAAAAUUAGAACAACUUACACAUGAUCUGGAGUUCACUCAGAUUGAAGUUCAGGUCUUGGAUGGAUUAAAGAAUGGAAAUGCAGCUUUAAAAAACAUUCAUGAAAUGUUGAGUAUUGAUGAAAUAGAAAGAAUCAUGGAUGAGACCCAAGAGGGUAUUGAGAAGCAAAGAGAAUUUGAUGAACUUAUUUCUGGACAGCUAACAGGAGAAGAUGAUGAAGCUAUUGAAGCUGAAUUAGAAGAAAUGCUUGAUGUUAAAGACCUUCCAGAAGUCCCUAUAGAUGAGUUGCCAGAAACGGGAAAGGUGCAAGCAGAAAAAAACCAAAAGUCAAAAUCUGGUUCUAAAAAAAUUGCAAUGGAAGCGUGA